UGGAUGCUGCGUUAGCGAUCAUGAAUGUAUCGUAGUGUUAGUAAAUUAUGUUUUGACAGCCGGCCGAUGUAACCUCAGUUUUAAUUAGUGAAAUCUCGGAGUGCCGUUCGGAACGUGGUACUGAACAGACGUGUUGCGAUAGCUCUCUCUAUAACCUAGCUGUGUCAGUAAGGCGUAGUGAGGCGUAGUGGGGCGAAGGCGGCGAGUGGUGAUAAACUGAGUUGCUAAUUAAAGAAAAAUUUAAAAUAAAAUAAAAUAGUAAAAUCUGCAUAGAACAAAAAGUGCACCAUGACAAGUGUUCCCCCGACCGGACGGGGGAGCAGAUUCAAUCCGUAUCUUAAGGAUGACCUCAAGGAAAUUGGAAAAGGAAAGAGACUAAAAGGAUCUGCAACCAAGGAGCCGGGUACGAGCGAUAUCGUGUUGGAGACGGCAGUGGAUCUAACAUCGGAAGAAGAUGAGAGUAACAACAUGGAGAAGGAAAGGAGUAACAAAGAGACAGAUCUAGUUUUAGGAAUAGAUAAGACAUCAGAUAGAGAAAUUAGUGAUAUAGGUAUUCCGAUAACGGCUAUGGAAAGCUUCGUCCAAUCGAGCGACAAAGAGCAGGUAGGGGAAGAAAGAUACAAAGAGGUACACACACGUAUGGAAUGUGAUGAUACGGUAGGUUCACAACAAACAGAGGAUAGGUCAAAUAAUAAAAACAGCGGUAAAUCAGAUAAACAGGAUACAAUUUCGUAUAAUAUAGAGUCAGCUAGUACAACCGGUAUUAAUAUAAAUCAGGAAAAAUAUGUAGUAGUUGAUGGGAAUUUAAAACCUAUGAAUGAUAUCAAUAAGACUGAAUAUGAAAAACUGAUUAAAGCUUUGAGUAAUAGAAUUGAUAAAACAAUUAAAGGUGAAUGUAAAAUUAAAUGCAAAAUCGAAAAAGAAUAUUGUACCCCGAGCAGGGGAAAAAACUGUGUUAAAAUAUCUUUAUGGUGCAACCAGAAUCGGGUUUGUCCAACUAGUAUAAAUAUGAUUAAAUACAAUAUUGCUAUACUUACCUUUAAAACUGCGAGCGAGGCUAAUGCUUGUUUAGACAGGAUUGAUAACCUCUCUAAUAAAUGGAUCCUGGGAUUUAUUGACUUUUCAGAUUUAUUUUACAGGGGUGUAAUUACUGAUUGGCCUUAUGAGAUUUCGGAACUAUGGGAGAAUAUUGUUGACAAACAAGAAAUUUUCAAAAUUGAGAAGAUGAAGAAGAGGGUUUGGGACAGCGACAGCAAGAAACACUUGUGGAAAUUCACUGAUAAUUUACUUGUCACAAUGAAGUAUAAAGGUAACACUGGCAGGAUAAGGGAUAGUAUAACAAUUUAUGACAGACUGCACAUAGGUCUAAAACUAAGACCCUACGUGGAACCAGUCAGGCAAUGUUUCAAUUGUUUCCAGUUUGGACACUUUAAGGCCUUUUGCAGAAACAAAACGAAAUGUAUUACAUGCGGAGACAAUAGGCACGGAGAUUGCCAUAAAUCAACAGUUUGUAGCAACUGUGAAGGAGAUCAUAGACCGACUUACAAAAAAGCUGCAAGGAUGAUUACAGAUAGCUGUACAGAUAGUAAAACUAUAACAUACGAUAGAUAUACGAAUCCUGCCGCGUGGCCCAGCAUGGUUGACAGUAGCAUGAAUAAAGGGACGGAAGUUAAGAUUUACGAUAGAGCAUCAUCAUCAACCGAAAAUACUUUCCCUGUUAAAUGGUCCAAUACUGUGCGCCAAAAUAUAGGAAAUGUGAGAGAGAUAAAGAAGGAUGGACAUUCACGGAAGGAAUACAAUAGGAACAACAGCACAACGCCAAGUUUUCAAGAAACACAAAGACAGAUUAGAAUAGAUAAAGAAAAGAUUGAAGGGCAAAAACGUAGACAAGAAUAUGUGAAUUAUUAUAAACAAUUCAAAAAUAACACAGUAGAGAUCAGUAAAGAAAAAAGAGGGAUAGCCCUUGGUCGGAUGAACGAAAUCGAGACAAGAAAAGAGAAUAAUAGUGGUUAUGAUAAUGAAGAAACUACGAGUGUCUGGUCUUCUAACUUUGACUGGUCUCUACAAAUUGCCAGAGACAAAUGUUUAGUAUCUCAUGAAUUUCGUAAGGAUUUCUUAGAACUUUUAAAAAAAUAUAGCACUAAUUCACCACCGGAGGGAGAUGACUACGAAGAAGAUCAAACUUACUUAGUGAAUAAAAUGAGUAAGGACUUGGAUAGAUGCCAUGAGGAUUUAGAGAGAGCAAAAAGAAUAAGCAUGGACGCCAGAAGAGGAUUUCGGAUGCGACAGAGUGAGAGGGAGUCAAAUUGGUCUGAUCUGUGAUGGCGACUAUACUUUUAUGGAAUGCAGGGGGUAUUAACAACAAAAAAGCAGAGUUGAUGAAAAAUGCGUUAAAUUACGACAUUGUUGUAAUUACUGAAACGAAGCUUAGUCGUAAUAAGCCUUUGUAUAUUUCAGGUUUUAAAACCUAUAAAAACAAUAACGAAAAUAAUAGUGGAGGAGUGGCAAUACUUAUAAAAAAUGAUAUUGAGUUUAAAACAAUUGAAGAUUGGAAUAUUAGAUCUGAUAAUAUUGAGGAAAUCGGUAUUAAAACGCAAGGUACUACCAGGAACUAUAACCUUAUUGCGGUUUAUAGAAAACCAUAUGGAGUGGAAUCAAUAACUGCUUGGAGCGACUUACUCAGGUUUAAGGGAGUAGAUGAGGACUCCAUCAUAGUAGGUGAUUUCAACGCACACAACAACGCAUGGAAUUGUAUCAAUACCGAUAAGAACGGGGAAAGAUUAUAUUCGACUAUGUUUCAACGGGAUUACAUUAACAUCAACGAUGAUACUAAAACCAGGAUAAACUAUUAUGGUCAGGUUGCAUCAAAUCUAGAUUUAAUUUUUACAAACAGGAAUUUAGCGGACAAAAUUAACUACCAACAACUUCCAGAUGCUUGGGGAUCGGAUCAUUACCCGGUGGAUAUUUAUAUGGAUGUAAGAUGUCUUCCUUAUAGGAAACCUUCUAAUAGAAUAACUAACAAAAAUACUAACUGGAUACUUUAUCGUGAUAAAAUAGAGACAGAAAUAACGAAAUCUCAAGAAAAUAUUAAUAACCUAUUAGAAAACAAAAGCCUGCAAGAAUUAUAUUCUUGGUUCAUUAAACUCAUGAAGAGAUAUGCACUGAUUGCAUCUGACAAGGAUCCAGACAAAAUUAAUAUGACCAGAGAGAGAAAGAUAAAUAGUAAA